AUGGAUAGUGCUGAGUUACGUCGAAAACGUUUAAUUUCUGUAGCUGUAAAUACUAGUGACGAAUUCUUAAAAUCUAAUUUAAAUAUAAUGAAUGAUAGCGAGACAGACGAGGAAAUGGAUAUUAUUUUUCGGGCAAAAUAUCAGCAUAGAUUGCGUGGGGCACGAAAGAAGCUAUUGCGUAUCAUAGAUUACGUAGACAGAACCAUUCCAGGUCUAACAGCAAAGCAAUUUCGUGAACGUUUUCGCAUGAUUCCUGACACGUAUGAGAUUUUAGAAGCAAAAUUAAGUUUGUUACUGAUCAAGGAAAAUUAUUCGGGCAGACCUACCAUUCCUGUUCGCAAACAGUUGCUAUCUACAUUGUGGCUUCUCGCUACUCCUGAUUCUUACAGAUCCGUAAGCGAACGAUUCGAUUUGGGAAAAUCAUCUGCAAGUGAUUCUUUUAUAAGAGUUGUUAAAGCUCUUAAUGACAUUGCUGGAGACGUCAUU